AUGUCAUUACCUACUUCCAAGGAACAGUCGCUCCUAGAUGAUGCAUCCACGUUAUUGCUGUUUUCCAAGGGAAAGAAGCCUGAAGAGGUUUCAACAGCGGAUUCAAAAGCUGGAAUCGCUGGAUGUGGCGAUGACUAUGAAAGGGAAAAAAAAGGAGCAGUAGCCAUGGCCGCAGCAGCGCUAGCUACAGCUGCAUCGGUCCCUUUGCCUCUGAAAACGUCUACCCAGCAUAUGAUGCCAAAAGCAACCGCAGCUAUUACCACAGAGGAGGAGGAGGAGGAGGAGGAGGAGAAGGAGGUCGAAAAACGCACCCAAUGGCCAGUCCCUGACACGUACAUAGUCGACCCUGAUGCUGGGAUAAUUACAUGUAUAUGUGAUAUGAACGACGAUGAUGGUUUCACUAUUCAAUGCGACCACUGCAAUAGGUGGCAGCAUGCUAUUUGUUAUGGUAUUAAAGAUGUUGAAAUGGCACCUGAUGAUUACCUUUGUAACUCCUGUGAUCCGAGAAAAGUAGAUAUUGAGUUGGCUAGGCGAAUACAGCAUAGCCGAUUGGGUGUGAAAAUAACGGCCUCUGCCCCUAGUGACAUUAACAGUAAUAGGAACAACAGCCGUGACAGAGCCCUGAGUACGACUGGCAAUGAUAGUGGCGAAACUUUGUCAACAGACCAAGAGAAUAGCAGCCACAAAGACAAAAAAAGGAAAAGAAACCCAUCAAAUAAUAGUUUAGAAUCCAAGACUGAAAGUACUUCAGCAACCCCUUCUGAGGUAUCAGCUAAUAUACAAAAGAAAAAAGAACAUUUUUUAAGUGCUAAAGACGCAUACGGCGCAAUAUACUUGCCUUUGAAGAAGUAUGUGUUUAAGAGCGACUUAAUUGAAUUGUUUUUGAAAAUGCAUAUGGACGAUGAGUGGGUAGUACAAUACUCUCAUAGGACAUUCAAAGCUAUACCCAUUGAAGUCAGACCAUAUGCUGAUAUUGCGUAUUCAAGGACAUAUCCAGGCUUUACGAAACUGGGAGUUUAUCUAAAAAGGAACUGUUUUAAAGGCGAUUUUGUCCAAGAAUUCCUGGGAGAGCUGGAUUUUCAAAAAAACUAUUUAACAGAUCCACGAAAUCAUUACAGAAUAUGGGGCACUACUAAGAGGAGGGUUAUUUUUCAUCCUCACUGGCCAAUAUACAUAGACGCACGUUCAUCAGGGAACCUGACGAGGUAUUUAAGAAGAAGUUGCCAGCCGAAUGUUGAAUUAGUAACCAUAAGACUACAAGAGCUGGAUCACACAAAUGAUAAUAAUAAUAGAAUGAACGUAAACAAGAUAAAGUUUGCUUUACGAGCGUUGAGGGACAUAUCAGAGGAAGAGGAGUUAUAUAUCAAGUGGCAGUGGGAUUUGAAACACCCUAUAUCAAAACUAAUCAACGGCUCAGCGACAAUAGAAUCUUUAACUGAUCUGGAAAAAUAUGGCUUGAUAGACUCCAUAGAAACCAUUCUAAGUAACGGUGAAUGCGGCUGUGGAAGUAAUUCCAAAGACUGCUAUUUACUAAAAGUGAAGAGAUUCUCCCAGAGUCUCUAUAAAUCUGUUAAGCUUAGGAUGAAAAUAAGCAACAGAUAUAAGCUAAAUGAAAUUCUCAACAAAUAUGAAAACAAAAAGAGACGUGAACCACCGAUUUUGAAUUGGCUAGAGGAGAAGGCACAAACCGCGAUUGAAAGAGCUCCGAUACUUUUAGAAAAGUAUCAUCAACAAAAGUUUCUAAAUCGAAAUGAUGGCAUCACCAUUACUCAAAGUACUAUGGUUAAUACAGACGAAGUUUGUAAUAUUGCGAAGCCCUUUAAAAUCAAUCUACUCUCACGAUACUCUUCGAAUGUCAAUACCCCUGAAGAAAAUGACACUGAGGGGAAGUAUAAUACAAUCAAGAAAAGCUCGGAUUAUGAUGAAUCUCAUAUCACGAAUAUCAAAGAAUUACCAAUCCCAAUACAUUUACCUGUAGCAAAGGCACCAGGGCAAAUUACAUGUGAGCUCAACAACGGACAAUUAAAGAAUGAACAUAUAUUGACAAGAAGCCCUUCCCUAUCAAGUUUCAACAAUGACUUAUCAGAGGAAAAGGAACAUCACGUUGCCAAGGAACCUAUGACAGACGCUUCAAUGAGUUCUAGGCACGAACUAUCACCAGAGAGUAUAAGGCAUUUGGCGGAUUUCUCGUCAUCACAGUUACAUUCAAAGAAAAAGUUAAGCUUUGCAGAUUAUAGAAAAAAGCUGCUGAAAUGA